AUGUCGGCCCGCGGGGGCUCCAUGCCGCCGCCCCCCAACCCCGCCGCCUACUUCCCGACGCCGCGGGUCACGUUGCCCUGUGGCCUCGACAUCCUGCGCACCUACUCGGGGGCCUUCAUCUGCCUCGAGAUCCUAUUUGGAGCACUAGUGUGGAUUUUGGUAGCUGCCACCAGGGUUCCUCUGCCGCUACUGCAGGGAUGGGUGAUGUUUGUGUCUGUGACUGCUUGUUUCCUCUCCAUCCUCUUCCUGUGCGUGUUCCUCUUCAGCUACACACACAGAAUUGCUAUUGACUGGAACCAGACGGAUUUCCUUUUCCAUGGAGCUACUUUUGUCUUUUACUUUGGAGCCUUUUUAUUACAAGCAGCAACAACAUCUCUGCAUAAUUUCCCACGUAGAUUCAACUCUACCCAGGAAAAGCUUUUGGAUGAAAAUGAAUAUAACAUAAGCAUAGCUGCCUCUAUUUUUGCCUUUGCGACGACUAUUUGUUACGGUUGCAGCACAGCCCUUGCUUUAAGGAGAUGGAAACUAUAGCAUUCGAGGAGGUUAAUGGCACAGUGUUCCUGUUUGGUUCGUGUAAUUGUGCGGAAGGUCAAAUUAAAUUCUACAUAUCUGUCAAACUAUAAUGGAAUUCCUAAAAGACUUUUUUACAUAACAUUAUUUUACAGCACCAAAAUGCAAAUAACCCAAUUCCAGGAGAAUUACUUUAAUUGAGAAUGAGUUACCAUUUAUUCCCUUUUUAUUUUUUUUAUUGUGUAUUAAAUUAGAAGCAUUA